CCUAAUUGGUCGAUUUCUAGGCCAAGACGGCGUUCGAAUAUGGCAGGACGAAAAUCCAUAUCAUUUUUACACUUUUAUUGAUUUUCAUUUUUUACUUUCUUUUCUUUUUCUUUUUCUUUGUUAUCGAAAGAUACACAUACUGAUUCCACAAUGGCUAUCAAAAAACCAUUGGGCAAUAAGAAAGGAGGAGAGAAGAAGAUGAUCAAGGCGAACCGACCAGUCAAAGCCGAUUGGAAAGAAGGUGUCAAAAAGAAAAUUGUUGGUGUAUCUGAUAUGACUCUCCUAACCAAGAUUACAAACGAAGCUAUCAAUGAAAAUUUGAUGAAAAGAUGGCAAAAUGGGGAAAUCUAUACAUAUAUUGGUCAUGUCCUUAUUAGUGUGAAUCCUUUUCGAGACCUUGGCAUCUAUACUGAUGAAGUCCUCUCAAACUAUCAAGGGAAAAACUUGCUGGAGAUGCCCCCUCAUGUCUUUGCUAUAGCUGAAGCUUCCUAUCAUCAUAUGAAAAGUUACAAAGAAAAUCAAUGUGUCAUUAUUAGUGGUGAAUCUGGUGCUGGGAAAACAGAAGCUGCCAAACGGAUUAUGCAAUAUAUAGCUGCUGUUUCUGGGGAAGGUGCCAAUUCAUCUAUUCAAGAAAUCAAGGAGAUGGUGCUGGCCACAAAUCCUUUAUUAGAAAGUUUUGGAUGUGCGAAAACUUUACGAAACAACAAUUCGAGUCGUCAUGGUAAAUAUCUGGAAAUUCAAUUCAAUGCUCAAGGUCAACCUGUUGGUGCAAUCAUCACAAAUUAUUUGUUGGAAAAGAAUCGGGUAGUUGGCCAAAUCGAAAAUGAACGAAACUUUCAUGUAUUCUAUCAAUUGACAAAAGGGGCUACUCCUGAAUAUCAAGAAACAUUCGGUCUUCAAGGUCCUGAAAGUUAUUUGUACACAAGCCGAAGCAAUUGUUUGGAAGUAGAAGGUAUUGAUGACAUUCGUGAUUUCCAGGAUACUUUGAAUGCGAUGAAUAUUAUUGGACUUCAAAAAUCAGAACAAGAUGAAAUUUUCAAAUUAUUGGCUACUAUCUUGUGGAUUGGAAAUUUGGUAUUUGAUGAAGAUAAUUCUGGAAAUGCUGUUAUUGCUGAUGGGGAUGUGGCCAACUUUGUCGCUUAUUUGUUGGAGGUUGACAGUGAAUCCCUUUCCAAGGCACUGACUAGUCGGAUCAUGGAAACACAACGAGGUGGAAGACGGGGUAGUGUGUAUGAAGUACCUCUCAAUGUUACUCAGGCAACAGCUGUACGUGAUGCUCUGUCUAAAUCCAUUUAUGAGCGUCUUUUCGAAUGGAUUGUCGCACGUGUCAAUGUAUCGUUGGAAUCUCGUGGUGGUGCUGAAUAUGUCAUUGGUGUUCUCGAUAUCUAUGGUUUUGAAAUCUUUGAAGAUAACAGCUUUGAACAAAUGUGCAUCAACUAUGUCAAUGAAAAAUUACAACAAAUCUUUAUUGAACUUACUUUAAAGGCUGAACAAGAAGAAUAUGUUCGUGAACAAAUCGAAUGGACUCCUAUCAAGUUCUUUAACAACAAGGUGGUAUGUGAUCUCAUCGAAGAAAAACGUCCUCCUGGCGUGUUUGCUGCUCUCAAUGAUGCUUGUGCUACAGCUCAUGCUGAUUCUAGUGCUGCUGACAAUUCUUUUGUACAACGACUUGGCUUCCUGGCGAACAAUCCUCAUUUUGAAUCUCGUGGUUCCAAGUUUUUAAUUCGACACUAUGCUGGUGACGUAUUGUAUAAUGUGGAAGGUAUGACAGACAAAAACAAGGAUGCCCUUUUGAAGGAUCUUUUGGAACUGGUAACAGCCUCAACCAAUCAAUUCAUCUCUCAAACUCUCUUCCCUGAACGUAUUGACCCCAACUCCAAGAAGCGACCACCUACUGCUGGUGACAAGAUCAAGGUUUCAUGUAAUGCUCUAGUGACCAAACUGAUGCAAUGUCAUCCAAGCUAUAUUCGUACAAUCAAACCAAACGACAAUCGUAGUUCCUCUGAAUAUGAUCAAAAACGAGUUCUUCAUCAAGUACAAUAUCUUGGUUUAUGUGAAAACAUUCGUGUCCGAAGAGCUGGUUUUGCUUAUAGAACGAUUUUUGAUAAAUUUUUGGAACGUUUCUAUUUACUCAGUCCUACAACUGGCUACGCUGGUGAAUAUGUAUGGAAUGGUGAUGCCAAAACUGGAUCGUAUGAAAUUCUGAAACACAACAAUAUCCCAACUGAUGAAUGGCAAAUGGGAACUUCCAAGGUGUUUAUUCGACAUCCUGAAACAAUAUUUGCUUUAGAACAUAUGCGAGAUCGAUAUUGGCACAACAUGGCAACAAGGAUUCAAAGGGCCUGGCGCGCUUACGUUCGUCACAAACAUGAAUGUGCUAGAAAAAUUCAAAGAUUCUGGCGUCAAAACAAAUACAACAUUGGGUAUCUACAAAUGCGUGAAUACGGUCAUCAGAUUUUGGGUAACAAGAAAGAACGACGACGAUAUUCACUUCUCAGCAUGCGAAAAUUCACUGGCGAUUAUUUGGAUAUCAUAAAUGGAAGUGGAGCUGCUAGCAUGACUCGUGAUGCUAUUACUUUUGCUAACAACGAAGAAAUUAUCUUCAGUAUGCGUGGUCAAACCCUUGUGGCAAGAGCUAUGCGAUCAAGUGUCCCAAGUCCACGUACGUUGGUUUUGACGAAUCAAGCUCUUCAUAUAGUCAUGACUACGAAAAAGGAACAAGUUCUCUCGAUGGUAGACGAAAAGGUGAUAUUUUUGAAUAAGAUUAGUGGUGUUAGUCUGUCCAAUCUUCGUGAUGAUUGGUUUGUUCUCCAUGUGGAUGGCGCUCCUGAUGGCGAUACUGUUUUAUCAUGUCUCUUCAAAACAGAAUUGUUAGCUCACAUGUUACAACAAACUGGUGGAAGAAUCAAUGUCAAUAUAGAUUCUCAAUUCCCAUACAAGAAAAAGGGUGGAAAACAAGUCAUUAUGAAAUUUAUCAAGGAUGAAACUGCUGUAGGUGAUGGUAUUUAUAAAAGUCAUACUGUCCGAAUUUCUUCUGGAGAACCUGCUACAAGUGUAUCUGAUCCACCAUGUCCAGUGAAACCUAGAAAUACAACAGCAUCUACGAGGAAAAACGUUACCAAGAAACCUCCUCCAGCAGCUCGACCUGUUGUUUCUAAUACUACUACUGUUCCUUCUGCUCCACGACCAAUGUCAAAUAUUCAAUCUAACAAUCAAACUCCUUCAAUUGGUGGACGUCAAGUUCCUCCUCCACCUCCUCCUCCAGCACCUGCACCUCCAGCACCUGUAACAACCACUCCAAAAUUACCAACUUAUAAAGCUAUCUAUCCAUUCCAUUCUGAUCAAGAAGGCGAAAUCUCGUUUGAAAAGGGUGAUAUAUUGGAAAUUGUUGAAAAGGACGAUAAUGGGUGGUGGCUUGCUCGACUUAAUGGUAUUGAAGGAUGGGUACCGAACAAUUAUUUGGAAGAAUAUGUAGCACCAGCACCAGCACCUCCGCCACCUGCAAGAGGACGUCGACCUCCUCCUUCUGUACCUCUUCCAUCAUCAUCAUUAUCACAAUCAAUCCCAGCAGCACAUAGUAUUUCUAGUACACCCACUCCUGUCGUACCAGCAACACCGGUCAACACAAUUUCCAACAAUAAGCCAUCUCCUCCUGCAUCAACAAUGACAACUAAUCAAUCAACUCCAAUUCCUGUGAUGCCUGGUGUAGCUGCACCUCUUGGAUCGAAUGGUGUCCCACCUUGGAAAGCUCAACUGGAAGCAAGAAAAGCAGCUGCUGCCAAUUCAACUUCGUCUUCUUCACAAGCACCCGUACCUGCAGCUAGGCCAGUAUCAACCUCAACCCCUCCUGUUACUGGUCGACGACCUCCUCCGGUGAUAGCCCCAAAGCCUGUUGUUCCUGCAAGACCAAGUAAUUUAAACAAACCGGUGAUCCCUGCACGUCCUGGUUCAACGACUACACCUCCUUCCAAUGCUGCUGCCUCAUUGGCUGAUGCUUUGCGACAAAGAAGACAAGUAGAUUAAAAUGAAUAUAAGUAAUUGAUAGUUUAGAUUCUGAUUAGAUUAUUUAUAUAUAUAUAUAUAUAUUGGUUUUUGAUCAAUAAAACGAACGCUUUACGUCUUGAA